AUGACUUGUACAUCCACCUCGGCCGCGGCCGCGGCCGUCGCGCGGGUGGCAGCAUACUCGUCCGGUGCGAUCCUCCUCACAACUCGCGCCUCUGCAACUUCCCCUUACGCAGCGACACUCGAGGCGCUGCAGGACCAGCGUGCCUUUGCGCCCGAGCAGCUCGAGGCCGUCCCGCAGCAGGCAGAACUUGCGCACUCACUUGUGCGGCUUGCCCAAAAGCAGCUGCAGCAGGAGCAAACGGGGAGAUUGGCCACGCUGCUCGCCGUCUCGGACCGACAUGUCCUCACCCGAUUCCUGCCCUACCUCUCCCAGCUCAUCAAUCUUCCCAUCGCCAUCCACGUCGCGCUGCCAGCAGGUGGCGACCACUCGGACGUGCUUGCGCUUCGCUCGUCCGGUCUUGCGCUGAUUUACAGCUCAACCGCGCAGCAGGCGCAGGCUCACGCUAUUGUAGCUUCCAAGGCUGCGCUCGGGGCCCGCAAGGCCGUAUUGCACUUUUUCGAGUUGGAAAGCGAGAAAGGAGAUAGUAGCUUCGAAGAGGUACCCGAGCUUGACCUCAAGCAGUUCUUCCAGCGCACAUCUUCGACGCAGACGAACGGCCGCGCGAAUGGCCAUGCCAACGGAAAUGGUCACAGCAACGGAAGCGUAGACGGAACGGUCCAGGUCCAGUCUUCGGCAGCACCAGCAUUCAGCGAUCUCAAAGAGGCGCUGCUCGAUGCGUACGCCCGGGUCACCGAUAUAACUGACUCCGAGGUUGCACCGUAUACUCUCUCUGGGGACAAUGAGCAUCGAAUUGUUGUGGCGCUCGGUAGAGGCGCCAAACAUCUUGCCGCCGACUUUUCCGUCGUCGAGAUUGGCCUUGUGCGCCCGUCCCUUCUGUUUGAGCAACACGGUGAGCUCUUGACGAAGGCAUCGACAGUUGCGGUGCUUGAAAAGACCGGCAAGCGCACCACGCGGCUCGGGCCCGUCUUUACGGACAUUGUUACCGGCUUGCACGAUGUGUCUGUCACGCCGCCCACGAUUGUCGGUGCGUCACUCGGUCACAUCAGCGAGACAUCGGCGGCCGAAGCGAGCGCUGCGGUCACUGCUGCGCUCGAGAGCAAGAGCCAUGGCGCUCUCAUCGGCGCACUACCCUCGCCAGCAGCCCAGUCCGCUACCGCCGGUGCUGAGCCACCGCACGUCCCUAAGCAUGAGAAAGCAUACCACUCGAUGCUCGAGCAGGUCUUCGACGCGCGGCUGCACGUCGUCAACUCACCUGCUGACACUUCAGACUUACACCCUGCUGCUCACAGCCCAGAGUACGCGUUCGGCCAGAUCCUCGCGGACUUUGAGAAGCGAGAUGAGCUCGUCGCGCAGGCGCAGGAGGCUCUGCGUGCUGGUCGUCUUGAGCCCCGUGUCCACGAGCUGCUCACACGUUUCGUGCAGCUCGUUGACUCGGACGCCGAGCAAGCAGCACUGGCCGGAAAGGAGCUCGCAUCGCUCAUUGCAGAGUCUUCAUCGUCUGGCUCAGCACUGCAAAAUGUGCAGAAGUUGCUCCCUGCUGUGACCAAGCAAAAGUCGCGCUGGAUCAUCGGCAGCGACGCCUGGGCGUACGACACGGGCAUGAGCGGCGUGCACCACGUCAUUGCGUCCGGCAAGAACGUCAACAUGCUCAUCUUCGACACCCUCCCGUACACCAAGCGUGAUAGCGUCGACGCAGACAAGCGCAAGAAGGACAUUGGGCUGUACGCGAUGAACUAUGGUAACGCGUACGUCGCUAGUACAGCCGUCUAUGCGGACUACACGCAGGUGCUGCACGCGCUCCAGGAGGCCGACCGCUUCAACGGCCCCUCAAUCGUUCUGGCGUAUGUUCCCUUCCGCACCGAGCAGGCACCCGCGCUCGAGGUGCUCAAGGAAACCAAGCUCGCCAUUGACUCAGGCUACUGGCCGCUCUUCCGCUGGGACCCAAGCGCCGAGGCGCGCGGCGCGGACGUCUUCCGCCUCGACGGCGCGCGCGUGCGCGAGCAGCUCAAGCAGUUCCUCGAUCGCCAGAACCACUUGUCGUACCUUUCCAACGCCCAGCCGCAGCUGUCAUACGACCUCGCCGCAUCGCAAGGCAGCGGCUUGCUCGCCGCGCAGAAGCGCAAGGCAAAGCAGGCCUAUGACGCCCUGCUUAGCGCCAUGGACGGCCCACCGCUGUUGCUUCUGUACGCAUCGGACGGCGGUAACGCCGAAAAGGUCGCCAAGAAGCUCGGCGUGCGUGCGCGCGCACGGGGCCUCGCGGCACGUGUGCUCGCCAUGGACGACUUCCCCGUCGCGGACGAGCUCAAGCAGGAGAAGAACGUCGCCUUCGUCACAUCUACCGCCGGCCAGGGCGAGUUUCCGCAGAACGGCAGGGAGACGUGGAAGACGCUGAACAACCGUCUCAGCGACGGCAUCUUUGCCGGCUCCGAGCUCAAGUACGCCGUCUUUGGCAUGGGCGACAGCCACUACUGGCCCAGGCCAGAGGACGCACACUACUACAACAAGUCCGGUAAGGACCUGGAUGCGCGCUUGUCUGUGCUUGGUGCAGAGAGGAUGAUCGACUUGGGUCUCGGUGACGACCAGGAUGCAGACGGCUGGCAGACGGGCUACAAUGCUUGGGAGUCCCUCCUUUGGAAGGCGCUCAGCGUCGACUCGAUCGAGGUCAAGGAGGCCGAGCCGGAGCCGAUCACCAACGAGCACAUGAAGAUUGCAUCCAACUACCUCCGUGGUACCAUCCGGGAGGGUCUAGCAGACACCUCGACUGGCGCGAUCGCCGAGGCCGACACGCAGCUCACAAAGUUUCAUGGCACGUACAUGCAGUACGACCGCGACACUGUCGAGGAGCGCAAGGCUGCGGGCCUGGAACCCGCGUACAGUUUCAUGAUCCGCUGCCGCAUUCCCGGUGGUGUUGCCACGCCCCAGCAGUGGCUGCAGCUCGAUGAUGUCGCUGAAAAGUACGGCAACCAGACGCUGAAGAUCACCACGCGCCAGACGCUGCAGUACCACUGCAUCGUCAAGAGCAACCUCAAGGCUGCCAUGCAAGGCAUCAACAAGAGCAUGCUCGACACCAUCGCCGCGUGCGGUGACGUCAACAGGAACGUCAUGUGCACCCCGCUCCCAUCGCUUUCACAGCUGCACGAAGACACGUUCGCCUUCUCCAAGAGUAUUUCCGAGUACCUCCUUCCGCGCAUGAACGCCUACCACGAGAUCUGGCUCGACAAGGGCACCGACAGCAGCAAUCAGCUUCUUAUCGGUGGCGCUCUCAAGGACUACGAGCCGUUGUACGGUCCGUACUACCUGCCGCGCAAGUUCAAGAUUGCCAUCGCUGUGCCCCCACGUAAUGACACGGACUGCUUCGCCCACGACAUUGGCCUCAUCGCUAUCGCUGACCCCAAGACUAAGCGUCUCGCAGGAUUCAACCUCAGCGUCGGAGGCGGCAUGGGCGUCACGCACAGCAUGAAGAUCACAUAUCCACGUCUCGGUGACGUCAUCGGCUUUGUUACGCCGGAGCAGACGCUCGAGGCGUGCAAGGAGGUCAUGCUCAUUCAGCGCGACACGGGCAACCGCACCAACAGGAAGCAGGCGCGCCUCAAGUACACCAUCGACAAGUACUGGAAGGGUCCCGAGAACUUCAGGGCGGAGCUCGAGCGUCGCCUGGGCUUCAAGCUCGAGGCGCCGCGGCCGUACAAGUUUACCGAGAAUACUGAUAGGUACGGCUGGUACAAAGACCACAAGGACGCUUGGCACUGUGGUCUCUGGCUCGAAAACGGGCGGGUAAAGGACACGCCUGAGGCGCCUUUCCGCACCGGUCUGCGCGAGCUAGCCAAGUUUCACAAGGGCCACUUCCGUAUGACACCCAACCAGCACAUCAUCGUCUCGGACGUGAGCGAUGCGGACAAGCCGGCCAUUGUAGCGCAUCUCAAAAAGUACAAGAUGGACAACUGGAACCUCUCCGGCCUUCAGCUAUCCGCAUCCGCAUGCGUUGCCUUCCCCACGUGCGGCCUCGCCAUGGCCGAGUCUGAGCGCUACCUGCCUGUGCUGGUCGAGAAGGUGGAGAGGCUCUUCCUCAAGAACGGACUGCGCGACGACGAGGUGACAAUGCGCAUGAGCGGCUGCGCCAACGGCUGCUCGAGACCAUGGCUCGGCGAGAUUGGCUUUGUCGGCAAGGCGCCCGGAAGCUACCUGAUGCUGCUCGGCGGUGGUCAUGCCGGUCAGCGACUUAACAAGAUCUUCCGCGACGGCGUCGGCGAGAAGGAGAUCCUCGAGCUACUCGAGCCGAUGAUCGCGCGCUACGCACAGGAGCGCAUCACUGGCGAGGCGUUCGGAGAUUGGGUCAUUCGCGCUGGCAUCAUUGCUCCCACCACUUCUGGCGCAGCGUUCUAUGACAACGUCAACACGGAUGGCUUCUCGCCAAUACCUGCGCCUAAGGUCGUCCCUGCGGCGACUGCGUGA